CCCGCAUCGCAUAGAUUUAUGAUGACUCAAUCAUCUCUCAGCCAGAGAUUCUAUUAAUACUCAAGCAUUUCACGAAUCACCAUCAUUUCCCGAAGUAAGCAGAAUAAUUGGAAAUAAUGAUUACCGGUAUUCACCACGUCAAUCUACUCGUCCCCGAGGGCACACUCGAUGAUGCAAACGCGUUCUAUGGCGAAACGCUAGGCUUACGUCCGAUGCCGGUCCCGCAUCUGCAACGCGGCAAGAUUGCGUGGUUCAACAUCGGAGAAGCUAGCGGACAGCAAAUUCACAUCGCAUUCGGACAGAACGAGCCCAACGCAUCGCGGCAUCCGUGCUUCAAGCUUGGGUCUUUGCAGGACUUGCAGGCACUUCAAGAACGGAUCUGGAACCAUCAUAAACGUGGUGGGAGUGCGGCACCACUGGCAGCUGAUCAGCCAGGACAACAGAAUUCAGGAGCCCAAGGUGUGGAAUAUCCGUCUAGAUUCUUUGCUAGAGAUUAUGCGGGGAAUAGAUUGGAGUUUACUUCAUAGUUCAUUGAAUCUUAUGCCCUCAGAAUUCAUUCCAUUACACUAGCACCCUUCAUACACGCCCCAUAGCUGUAUACUAAUAUGCA